CACCGUGAGCGCAGGCUAGAGAGAGAGCGAGGGAGCAAGCGCCGGAUUCAGUACCUGCCUCUUAAUAAGCAAGGAUUUCCCUGCCUUUUCCCUUACUGUUUUCCUCCCUUCCUUUUUUACUUACUCUUUAUUUUUCCUUUGGAAUCGUUGUCAUCCUUUAAAAAUAUAUCUAUAUUUUACUGCUUUUUAUGUUUUCUAUUUUUGUGUUACAUUUUUUUUUUAAUUAUCCCCUUACUGGAUUUGUCCAACAACUGAAGGAGCUUGGAUGAACUGCUUUGGUAAAAUCUGGACAUGGAAUUGCUGAUAGUCUCCCUUUCCUUUUGGAUAUUGCAAAGCAAUUCAGUACGAGCGGACUCCAUCAUUCACAUCGGUGCCAUAUUUGAGGAAAAUGCUGUGAGAGACGAUGAAGUUUUCCAGUUGGCCAUUUCAGAUCUUAGUCUCAACGACGACCUUUUACAGAGUGAAAAAAUCACCCAUUCCAUAAAACUUAUCGAGCCCAACAACCCUUUUCAGGCAGUGCAAGAAGCCUGUGAGCUCAUGACACAGGGUAUUCUGGCACUGGUGACAUCGACGGGCUGCGCCUCAGCUAGUGCACUGCAGUCUCUGACUGAUGCCAUGCACAUCCCACACCUGUUUGUGCAGCGCAACAACGAGGGCUCCCCUCGCACUGCCUGUCACCUCAAUCCCAGCCCUGACGGAGAGCGGUACACUCUGGCCGCCAGGCCCCCAGUGAGGCUCAACGACGUGAUGCUUCAGCUGGUCACAGAGCUACGCUGGCAGAAGUUCAUCGUUUUCUAUGACAGUGAAUAUGAUAUCCGGGGCCUGCAGAGCUUCCUUGACCAGGCAUCACGGCUUGGACUCGACGUGUCUCUGCAGCGUGUCGACCGCAAUAUCAGCCGUGUCUUCGCCAACCUCUUCACCACCAUGCGGACAGAAGAGCUGAACCGCUACAGAGACACCUUGAGACGUGCCAUUCUCCUGCUGAGCCCCCGUGGGGCGCAAGUUUUCAUCCACCAGGCUGUGGAGACAAAUCUGGCUUCCAAAGACAGCCACUGGGUCUUCGUGAAUGAGGAGAUCAGCGAUGCAGAGAUCUUGGAGCUGGUGCACAGUGCACUGGGUCGAAUGACAGUAAUUCGGCAAAUUUUUCCAUUGUGGAAAGACAGCAAUGUACGCUGUAUGAGAAACAACCACCGGAUCUCCUCACUGCUGUGUGAUCCCCAGGAAGGGUACCUGCAGUCUCUGGAGGUGUCCAACCUGUAUCUAUAUGAUAGCGUGCUCAUGCUGGCCAACGCGUUCUACAGGAAGCUGGAGGACAGAAAGUGGCACAGCAUGGCCAGCCUGAAUUGCAUGCGGAAAUCUACCAAGCCUUGGAAUGGCGGGUGGUCCAUGCUGGAAACCAUUCAGAAGGGCCGAAUCACCGGACUGACAGGAAUAAUGGAUUUUCGGGAUGAUGGUGCCAACGCUCAUGUGCAGUUUGAGAUCCUGGGUACCAGCUAUAGUGAGACCUUUGGCAAAGCUGUGCAAAGGCUGGCCACAUGGGACUCCAGCCGGGGGCUCAACGGCAGCCUGAAGGAGAGCCGCAUUGAGAACGGCAUGCAGGGCGUAACUGUCAAAGUGGUGACGCUGCUGGAAGAGCCUUUUGUCAUGGUUGCCGAGAACAUUCUGGGACAACCCAAACGCUACAAAGGCUUUUCCAUUGAUGUACUGGAUGCACUGGCAAAGAACUUGGGUUUCAAAUACGAGAUCUACCAAGUGUCAGACAGCAAAUAUGGCACUCAACUGCCCAAUGGCUCUUGGAAUGGCAUGAUCGGAGAGCUGAUUAACAAGAGGGCAGAUCUGGCCGUCUCUGCAAUCACCAUCACGCCGGAGCGGGAGAGCGUGGUGGAUUUCACCAAGCGCUACAUGGACUACUCCGUGGGCAUCCUGCUCCGGAAACCUGAGGAGAAGAUCAAUAUCUUUUCAUUGUUUGCCCCCUUUGACCUUGCUGUGUGGGCUUGUAUUGCUGCGGCCAUCCCAGUUGUUGGGGUCCUGAUCUUCGUGCUGAACCGUAUCCAGUCAGUGAGGACACAGAAUCCCACAACCCACCAGCAGCAGCCCCCCUCUUCCUCGGUCUCCACCUCUCUGCACAGUGCCAUAUGGGUGGUCUACGGGGCCUUUGUACAACAAGGAGGGGAUUCAAUAGUGAGCUCGAUGGCCCUGCGGAUUGUAAUGGGAAGCUGGUGGCUCUUCACACUGAUUGUGUGCUCAUCCUAUACUGCCAACCUGGCAGCCUACCUCACUGUCUCUCAAAUGGACAACACUGUGCGGACCUUCCAGGACCUUGCCAAGCAGAUGGACCUGUCGUAUGGCACAGUAAGGGACACAGCAGUGUACAGUUACUUUAAAGCAAAGGGUACCAACCCCCUUGAGCAAGACAGCACCUUUGCGGAACUCUGGAGGACCAUCAGCAAGAACAAUGGCAAUGACAACUCAGUGGCCAACCCAUCGGAUGGUGUUCGCAAGGCAAAGAAGGGGGGAUUUGCAUUCCUGUGGGACAUGGCCGUGGUAGAGUACGCUGCGCUGACAGAUGACGAGUGCUCGGUGACGGUGGCUGGGAACAGCAUGAGCAGCAAGGGCUAUGGUAUUGCACUACAGCAUGGCAGUCCCUACAGGGACCUCUUCUCCCACAAGAUUCUGGAGCUGCAGGAGAAAGGCGACCUGGAUAUCCUGAAACAGAAAUGGUGGCCUCGUACAGGGCGCUGUGACCUAGACAGCCACGGGAGUGCCCAGCCCGAUGGCCGUGCACUUAAACUGCACAGCUUCGCUGGCGUCUUCUGCAUUCUGGCUGCUGGGCUGCUGCUCGCCUGCCUUGUGGCUGGCUUGGAGAUGUGGUGGAGCAGCAACCGGUGUCGACAAGAGCAGCCCAAAGAGGUUACUAAGGAUUACAGACUGGCCAGGGUUUCUGGUCCAUUGACAUAUAAUGAUAUUACAACUGCUUCAUCGGAAGGGAGGAAGGACAUAUGGACAGAGAGAGAAAGAGACUGGGAUGAAGCAGAAGCUAUUGACACAGGACAAGGAAGUGAAUCUGGAGCAGGUACACCGGCGUAUGACCAGUCUUAUGGACGAGGACAUGGCACACAAGCAGAUACCCACCCCGUCUAUCGAGAUCUCUGCGCUGGACAUCGGCAGCAUGCAGCCCAGCCAGCCGCUGGAGCCUGUCCGGGACUACCCGGGCACGGGGCUGUCUGUGAGCACCUUCCUCCCGGAGCAGGGUCAUGGGGCGGGCAGGACGCUAACACAGGGCCCUGGCAGCACCCUGCCCCUGCCUCUCAGCAGCACCUCCACCAUCCCCUCCAUACAGUGCAAACACAGAUCACCCAACGGGGGCCUCUUCCGCCAGAGCCCCGUCAAGACACCCAUGCCAAUGUCAUACCAGCCAGUGCCAGGAGGACCCAUCCCAGAAGCCAUUGAGUCUACUCACGGAACUUCAAUCUGAUCCAAUCUGAUCCAAUCUCAGCUCUGGUGUGGGUUUGGGUGGAACAAAAAAACGAAAUAAAAAAAAAUACAUUAAAAAAAUAAAAAAAUGACAAAAUUAAAAAAAAAUAAAAUAAAAAUUUAAAAAUGCAGAGAUUUUUAAUACAAGUUUAAAACAAAAAAGAAACUAGAAAUUUUCUUGUACAUAUUUGUAAAUACUGAAAGAAUGAAGUGAGGUAAAAGUGUAUUUUGAAUAUUCUCAAUUUUUGAAGUUGAGUUUAAAAAACAAAAAGUGAUAAAAAACUACAAAAAACGACUGUAUGAAUGGCUUUGUAAAUUUUGUUCUAUAUGAAUAAAGAAGCGAAUUCCUUGUGAU